AUGCUGCGACGGCCUCCGAUUGAAGGGCGGGGGUCCACGCAACAGCAGAAACUCUUGCUCGCCUUCGCCUUCCUCCUCCUCCCAUGGCUACCACUUGCCGAUGCUCAGCAGCAGCAAAAGCAACAUCCUCAGGCCGUGCCAUUGCCUGUUCCCCAGGCUGGUGACAGCAGCAGCCAGCAGCAGCAGGCCAAGAACGAAGCCGCCAUCCGCAAUUACGCCGCCGCCCAUUUCGGCAAUCCGAAGCCCGAAGAGGCCGCUGAAUACGCAGCGACCACAGGCCCGGUUCACGACGACGACGAGGCUUCGGCGGCCUCGAGACGGCACCAUGAGCGAGUAGGACAGCCGCCGAGGCAAAAGCCCGGCGAGCGAUCAUCCCCCCGUGAUGUUAACCACAAAAAUAAACCGGCCCACAAAAGGCCAACCAUUGUCCCCGACGAUGCGAGCGCCAUCGCAACUUUGGCUCCGGCUCAGUCCGUUCGAGCACCAAAUUCCCCAAGACAUCUUCGACCCAGCAGUGCCCUCUCUGCUGGCGUCGCCACGCCGCAGAAUGCGCGGAGUCUGGAGGAUUGGGAAGUGGAAGACUUUGUUCUUCUGGCGACCGUCGAUGGAGACCUCUACGCCACCGAUCGCAAGACCGGCAAGGAGCGCUGGCACCUAGAGGUCGACCAACCCAUGGUGGAGACAGUCCACCACCGCGUCAACAACUCGGUCCUUGACGAUGACUACAACCCCGUCGACCACUACAUCUGGGCCGUCGAGCCCAAUCACGACGGCGGCCUCUACGUCUGGGUCCCCAGCCCCGACGCACGCCCCCGUUCCACCGGUUUCACCAUGAAGCGAUUGGUCGAGGAGCUCGCUCCCUUCGCCGACGAAGAACCUCCCGUCGUCUACACCGGUGACAAGAAGACGACUAUGGUGACGCUCGAUGCUGCCACCGGUCGAGUCCUCAAGUGGUUCGGCUCCACCGGCUCGCAAGUCAACGAAGCCGAGAGCUGCCAGCGACCGAACGACUUCUACGGCAAGGACGCACGCGAGUGCAGCUCCACAGGCACCAUCACUCUCGGUCGGACCGAGUACACGGUCGGUAUCCAACGCCGUGACGGUAGACCGAUCGCCACCCUCAAGUACGCCGAGUGGGGACCCAACAACUACGACUUCGACUUGCUCCAACAGUACCAUACGACCCUCGACAGCCGCUACAUCGCGAGCCGACACGAUGGGAAAAUCUAUGCCUUUGACAUUGCCCGUGCCGACGAGCCGGCGCCGCUCUUCAGCCUAAAAUUCGCCACACCCGUCGCUCGCGUCUUUGACAUCUGUAGACCCUGGGAUGCGUCGACGGAGAGCAAUCCGGAACUUGUGGUCUUACCCCAGCCGGCGAUGCCGUCCCAGGACCCGAACGUUGCUCGCGUUCGCAGCACGAGAAUCUUUCUCAACCACACGGAAACCGGCAGUUGGUAUGCUAUGUCCGGCCGCGCGUAUCCCCUCAUCGUCGAUGCCCCGACCGCCCCGGCGACCUUCCCAGGAUGGUGGGAUAUGGCCUCGGCCUGGGACGACCUCAACGAGGACAAAAUCUCCAAGGCCCUCGUCGGCACCCACUCCCUCGACGCCCGCAGAGGAGGAGAUAGCGUGCAGCCGCCCGUGAUUAACCCGGGCAUGAUUACGGAUGGCAGCGAAACUGCCGAGAGUCUCUCUGAUGACGUGCCCGAGGUGCCUGCCGUCGAGGCGGAAGAGCCAACAAUCGUCGACAAGGUGAAGAGCCUUCCUCAGAGUGCGGCGAAUAGCGUCGUCGAUUUUAUCAGGAACCCCAUCCUCUUCCUCGUCUUCUUCGCGGCCCUGAUCUAUAACGAGAAGAAGCUUCGUCGGGCUUACCGCAGCUGGCGCAUCCAUGGCGGCAGCUUGAAGGAUAUCCUUCUGCACCUGACGUCGGAUGUGUUGGCGGAAAGAGAAGCCAGGAUGCGAGCCGGUGUUUCGAACGAAUCCAAAGCCCGACAACCUGCCAUGGAUGAGACGAACGAGAGCGACGAGCAGCGCCAGGUAGAAGCUAGGGACGUGGUCAGACCCUUGGGUGUCGAGACAACCCCACCUAUUGAGGGCGACAAGGCCGAUGCAUCAAACGAACCGCAAGCAGCGCUGAGCGCGGCCGAGAAUAAGACGGAGCAAGGGACCGUGAAUGGCGCGAACGAAGCGCAGCAGGGCGUCGUACUGGAAAAGAAAAAGAAGUCUCACAGGGGCCGGCGAGGCGGCGUCAAGCAUCGCAAGGGACGCGCCCUCGAGGCGUCUCAGUCGAGAGAGGAUGAGAAUUCGGCGACCACGGUGGAGGAGGCUGUCAACAACGCCAAGAAGCUCGGCGACAGACCAAGUCUGGAGCCCGACGUCAUGACGGUUGCGAACGAUAUGCAGGCUGUCACCGGCCCCAUCAUCCGGAUGGGGAACAUAGAAGUCAACACCGAACUGCAGCUGGGAACCGGCAGCAACGGAACCUUGGUGUUCGCCGGAAAGUUUGACGGUCGAGAGGUUGCCGUGAAGCGUAUGCUCAUCCAAUUUUACGAUAUUGCUUCUCAGGAGACACGGUUGCUGAGAGAGAGCGACGAUCACCCGAACGUGAUCCGAUAUUAUUCUCAACAGAUACGUGAUGGUUUCCUCUACAUCGCUCUUGAGCGCUGCGCUGCGUCCUUGGCGGACGUUGUCGAACGGCCACAUUCGUACCGCGAGCUGGCCAAUGCCGGCAGGAUCGACGUACCCGGGGUCCUGUACCAGAUCACGAACGGAAUUAGCCACCUCCACACUCUGCGAAUCGUCCAUCGCGACUUGAAGCCCCAGAAUAUUCUUGUCAAUAUGGGCAAGGAUGGCAAGCCGCGGCUGCUCGUCUCCGAUUUUGGCUUGUGCAAGAAGAUGGAGGACGGGCAGUCGUCCUUUGGAGCCACGACGGGUCGAGCGGCCGGAACCUCGGGCUGGCGUGCUCCCGAACUUCUCCUGAACGAUGACGCCCGCGACGUGGCCAUGGUCGAAGCCAGCACGCACAGCGGUUCUGGUUCAGCGCACGUUGCAGAUGGAACCACGGCCAGCAAUCGACGGGCGACCCGUGCCAUCGACAUAUUCUCGCUGGGCCUCGUCUUCUUCUACGUCCUGACAAACGGUUCUCAUCCGUUUGACUGUGGCGACAGGUACAUGCGCGAGGUGAACAUUCGCAAAGGCAGUCACAACCUACGACCGCUCGACUCGCUCGGUGACGUGGCCUACGAGGCCAAGAAUCUGAUUGCGUCGAUGCUCCAAGCAGAUCCGCGCGAGCGACCCAGCGCUCGAGAAGUCAUGUGCCACCCCUUUUUCUGGUCGGCCAAGAAACGUCUGGCCUUCCUCUGCGACGUUUCGGAUCAUUUCGAAAAGGAGCCGAGGGAACCGCCGUCGCCGGCGCUUCUGGAGCUCGAGAGGCAUGCUCCGCAGGUCACCAAGGGUGAAUUUAUGCGGGUACUCUCGCGCGACUUUGUCGACUCACUGGGCAAGCAGCGCAAGUACACGGGGUCUAGGCUGCUGGACCUGCUGCGUGCCUUGCGCAACAAGCGCAACCACUAUGAGGACAUGACAGACUCGCUGAAGCGCACCGUCGGGCCGUUACCGGAGGGAUAUCUGUCCUAUUGGACGACAAGGUUCCCGAUGCUACUCCUUGUGUGCUGGAACGUCGUGUACAACGUCGAGUGGGAGAAGACGGAUCGAUUCAGGGAGUAUUAUGAGCCUGCCAACUUGUGA